CCGAGCACGCGGACGUCGUUGGUCUAAGCAGGAGCGACCCUUCCAUUCUCAUUGGCUCUUUUUUUAUUAUUAUUAUCACAAACGCUAAGAAGAGAGUUGUAAACGAAGCGCGUGCUUGCGGAGAAUCGCGGGGUCGACGAUACGCGUGCGUCUUUUCUCAUCUCUUCAGCACCGCGAGCUGUGGAUAGCAGGUCGUACCCGUUAACGAGCGAGGCGACGCAGCCCAUCGUCUGCUUUCUUUCUGUUGCUUACCCUCCCACCAUUUUGUUGAAUUUUCGCCAGCACCGGUAGCGUCUCGAGUCUAGCGAGCGGCGGAUUUGGGCACACCACCGAGGCUUUUGUUUCGCUCCUUGACGGGCAUUUAGUCGUUGCCCUCGUCGGAGCUAUUGACCGAUAGCUUAAGGGCAAGAGACCACCGCGUGCAUCUAUUCGGCGUGGUGGACGUAACGUUUUUUUUUUUUUCUCCCUCCGCCUUUUUAAGUUAGCCGUGUUAACGGUUAUCUAGCGGGAUCCUGGAUCGGGUGAGGCGGGAGCAACUGGCAGUGAAAAAAUACGCGAAAGCAUCGCUCGAGCGGUCCAACUAGCGCUAGCUCUCGAGCUAGCCUGACGCGCCGCAGUCGCAUCCCAUUGUUUGGGCUCCCAGCUUUCUCCCCGUCGCUGCCCGACCCCGGAUCCCGCGCUCUCGCCAACCUACUGUCCCUCGCGGCUGGAGCACUUUUAUUGCAGUUUUUAAAGCCGAAACGAUUUUUUAAGUUCCGUUUUAAACAUGUGUUCCCGGGUGUGGUUUGUAACCGAUCGGCGCAUCAGCCAGGAGUAUCCUCAAGUUCAGAUCCUGCGAGCUCUAAAGGAGCGCUGUGCAGAAGACGAUGUUGAAUUUCGAUAUCUCUUAAUGGAUGAGAUCGUUAUAACCAUCACCGACGGACAGCUUGGGCUGCGCGUGGGGCAGGAAAUGGUGACGUCGUACCCGCAGGUCGCCGUGGUGCGUGUCCCCACUCCGUGGGUGCAGUCGGACAGUGACAUCACUGUGUUGAGGCACCUGGAGAAGAUGGGAUGCCGACUGGUGAACCGACCUCAGGCCAUCCUCAACUGCGUCAACAAGUUCUGGACCUUCCAGGAGCUGGCAGGACAUGGAGUCCCACUGCCUGACACUUACUCCUACGGUGGCCAUGAUAACUUCCGCAAGAUGAUUGAUGAGGCGGAGCCCCUGGGCUAUCCCAUUGUGGUGAAAAAUGCUCGAGGACACAGAGGAAAGGCAGUGUUCCUGGCGCGCGAUAAGCACCACCUGACCGACCUGUGCCAUCUUAUCCGUCACGAGGCGCCGUACCUCUUCCAGGAGUACGUGAAGGAGAGCCACGGGCGGGACGUGCGUGUGGUACUGGUGGGCGGCAGGGUGAUCGGCUCCAUGCUGCGCUGCUCCACGGAUGGACGUAUGCAAAGCAACUGCUCGCUCGGUGGGGUGGGCAUGAUGUGCCCCCUGAGUGAGCAGGGCAAGCAGCUGGCCGUGCAGGUGUCCAACAUCCUGGGCAUGGAUGUGUGCGGCAUCGACCUGCUGCAGCUGAACGACGGUUCGUUUGUGGUGUGCGAGGCCAACGCCAAUGUGGGCUUCAUCGCCUUCGACCAAGCCUGCGGGAUGGACGUGGCAGGAAUCGUGGCGGACUACGCCCUCUCGCUCCUGCCCAGCCGCCUCAGCCGCAAGAUGUCACUGCUGUCUGUGGUGUCCAGCGCCAGCGAGACCAGCAGUGAGCCCGAGGUGUGCCUCCCCGCCGAGGGCUGCAUCCCGCCCGAGGUGGGCCCGCCUGUUGCCACCUGCACCAUCCCUGACGCAGUCAGCACCAUGAGCACCAGCUCUACCUCCAGCGAGAGUGAGGCGGAGCUUAAUGAGAUGGGCCAUGCCCCCAGCACAGCAGACCCCGCCUACAACAUCAACUCUCUCCUCGCAAAGGAGAUUAAACUGUUGACUGAGUGAGCUGUAGAUAAACGGCUACCACAUGUGCAAGCACGCUAAUACACACACUGAAGAUAUACAUGCAUAUACAGUAAAGACAUACAGUACAUAUACACAUGCAAGUUGAUAUGUUGCAUACAAUGGUCCAUCGUACACCUCGUGCACACACACAAACGCAAGUGUUGUCAUAUUAACCUACUGUGUAAAUGUUGGUAUGAGGCUGCUCCCCUGAUGUUUCGGUUUAACUAACUGCACUGUACAUUUUACAGUCAAUGUGAAAGUGUACACUCAAGCCAUGCUUAGUGCACUAGCUGAGGUGUAUACUCCAAUUUUUUGCAACCUAGAGCUAUGGCUGGACAGUUUAUUUCCCAUCAUAGCAAAAUCAUCAGUUAUCAUUCAAAUUUAUGCAGACUGACUUAAUAAUUAGACAGUGCACACAAACACAGUUGCAAAUAUGUAUAAAUAUAUAUGUAUGGAGAGAAUGAAUUCAGUCAGUCCCAAGACCAUUGCAAGGCUUGCUGAACAUGCUGCGCAGUGUGUUGUGAUCAUUUAAUGUGGUGAGAGAAAAGGGCCCUAAUCUCCUUGUUAGAGGUUUGUUAGCGUUUAAAGGAAUACUGUACAUGUGGCCUCAAAUUGUGACACCACCCUUAGUGUGGCACAUUUACAUUGCCAUUGAAUACAGAACAUAACUGGAAAAGCUGUAUAUAAUUCUCUUCCGAAUUCAGUUGAAUGACCCUUAGCUGUAUAGAGCAAAAAAGCAGUUAAGCACAUUUUUAGUUUCAGUGGCUGGCUGUAUGUAAUGAACCUUCUUACUACACAAGCACAAGAUCUAAAUGGUCUGAGUAGUUACUGAUUUGGAACCAGACUGGAGUGGUUUUAUUAGUGGUAAAGGUUAGAAUGUGGGUAUAACGAUAAAUUUGUCCUGUGUCGACACUUAAGAUGCCAACCUUCUGGCAACGAAUCCUUUCUUUAUUCUAACUCUGAUUUCAUAGAUUUCAAAAAGAUAAUUUUGUACUCAUUUUUAGUGCAGACAGGCAGGAUAUGUGACGUUGGGCAAGCCUUUCUCUUCUUUUUUAAUUUAAUGUUUUAGAGACUGUUCUUAAAGAGCAUAUUCUACCCAGAGCCAUUGCUGGUAUGGUUUGGUUAAUGAGGCAGUCAUUUUAGAAAAUCUGCUGUUCCCCAUUUUAAAUAGGAACAUUAAGUCACUCUGGUCCUAUAAAAUCUGCAAGGAGAAGUGACACAAGCAGAAAUACAAGGUGCAUUUAAAAUAUACCUUGAAAAUUUUAAUCUGCUUUCAUUGCCAAGUAUUCAUUCACUUGUCUUGUAAAUACAAGUUGAAAUGUGUGUGUACAACAUGUGGCACACCCAACUUUCCCAUUCUGAUUUUUAGCACCUAAGCAGCAAAUUAUGUAGAACAAGUAUACAUAGUGUGGAUGUGAAUUAGGUUUUGCAUUCCACAGCAGCUGAAAUUUUUGCCCAAACCUUUAAGCUGUCUUUUUGCAGUUUAUUUGUACAAAAUCUACAAUAAAACAUUAAAACUCAAUGGGUGCUAGGCCUUCUCUGAGUUCAUCUUGGCGGCGUAGUCUGAUAGAAAAACAAUUUUCUAGAGGACAAUGAGCUGAACUACCAUUCUUUUUAAGCAAGUUGGUCAGUUAAGGUCUUGUGUAUGGCGUUAAAAUGUAUUAGCAUGCCAUCUACUUUUGGUAACUUGAAGCAUCCUGCAGUAGCUCUGUCUGCCAUUUCACAACCUAGUUUCUGGAUUUAGCACAGGUCUGGAUGGAGUUUACAUCCAGACUGAAUUCAUUUUCACACUGAGUCUUAAUCUACAUAACACUGCAGCUCAUUUUCAAUAUGGACCAAAUUUAUAAUAUGAACUCUGUUUACAGUUUACAUUGUGUUUACAGGCCACAACAUUCAGAAAAAAAACAGUUUACAUUUAUGUAUAAUUUGUAGUGCUGAUAAGCUGAAAACAGUUGUAUCUUAGAAAUGAGACUUCUGAGACUUGGAUAAAACUUUUGUUAUAGUUUACAUUGAGACUGAAUUCAGAUUAAACUCAGGGAAGCAGCCUGGAUUACAUCCCUCCCCUGUCACAUGUGACAUCCAUCCGUACUUUGCCUAUAAUGUUCAACAUCCAACCAACCAACUGACUGACCAAUUAAUCUAUUUAAAAAUAAAUAAACAAAAAAUGCUUGUACCCUGAUGGUCAACAUGUACCUUUUCCCUUGUUUAUCAUGUUCAGUGUUUUUGUUUUUUAAUGGUUUAUUUUUAAGGAUAAAACUGGUUUGUGUGCCUGAAUCUUGGUUGGUUGGGGAACUGUGAAUGUGGAUUUAAAUGGAGCAGUUUAACUAACAAUGGUUAACAGCUAAAGCACAUGCAUACACACAUUCACCAUCACAUCACACCCCAUGUUGUGAUUUGUUGUAUUCUGUGAUGUGUUCCUUCAUUCCAUCACCUUUCAUAGGAGUGAACCAUAAUCAAGCAACCAGAGACACUAACACUCACUGUAAUCAGAGCCAUCAGUUGCUUUGCCUGUUUAUUGCUUUCCCCAAACCUGUCUUACUCCAAACCCUCACCUGAUAUUAAAGGGUGAGGCAAGA